AUGGAUGCUCGACUAGCAACGCGAUCUCACCUGUCGCUUGCAACAGUCGCGCAAUCGCAUGUGCGACUAAGCGAAAGAGGUGUAAGAGCAUGGCGAGUGUCGGCAACUCCAGGGCUGCAACCAAGCAACGCGCAGUCGCUGGCAUGGCGCGAAUCGUGGCACGCACCUUUGCCGCCCCUCUCGCCCAUGCGGCAAACGCGGAGAGGGCGGUGGGCUGUUGGCGCGGCGAAGGGGGGAGAGGCGGAGGGGGCAGGCGCGGAGGGGGCAGAGUCGUCGACGGCGUUGACAGCCGUGGAGGCGCAGCCGCUCGAGAGGCGACCAGAUAACUGGGUGAGUCCGGCGCUGCUGCAGGAGAUGGGCGAGGAGGAGCGGACGCCGAUUCAGAAGUGGCUGAACCCGGGGCAGGACGAGCUACCGGACGACGUGCCGAUGAGCAUCUGGGACCACCUGGAGGAGCUGCGCGAGCGCGUGCUGGUGUCCGUGGGCGCCGUGGGCGCCGCCAUCCUGCUCUGCUUCUUCUUCAGCCGCGACCUCGUGGUGUUCCUCGAGGCCCCCGUGUACGCGCAGGGCGUGCGCUUCCUGCAGCUCUCGCCGGGGGAAUACUUCUUCACCACGCUCAAGGUGGCGGGGUACUGCGGGCUGCUGCUGGGCGGGCCGGUGAUUCUGUACGAGAUAAUAGCGUUUGUGGUCCCAGGCCUCACGGCCAGCGAGCGGCGCUUCCUGGCGCCGAUAGUGUUUGGGUCGUCGGUGCUCUUCUACGCGGGCAUCGCCUUCAGCUACGUUGUGCUCACGCCCGCCGCGCUCAACUUCUUCAUCUCGUACGCCGAGGGCGUGGUGGAGUCGCUGUGGUCCAUCGACCAGUACUUUGAGUUCGUGCUGCUCCUCAUGUUCUCCACCGGCCUCUCCUUCCAGGUGCCGGUGAUUCAGCUGCUGCUGGGGCAGCUGGGGCUGGUGACAGCGGAUCAGAUGCUGGGCAUCUGGCGCUACGUGGUGGUGGGGGGCGUCACAGCCGCCGCCGUGCUCACGCCCUCCACGGACCCGCUCACGCAGUGCCUGCUGGCAGGCCCCCUCAUCGGCCUCUACAUGGGCGGCGCCUACCUUGUCAAGCUGCUCGAGGGCUCCAAGUCCACCGCCUAG